AUGUUCAAGUCAGUCGCUAGCCGCGCCGCACGGCAAUUCGUCCAGCCAGCAUGCGUUGGCCGUCGCUAUGCCUCCGGAACUUCAGCAGCUUUCGAUUGGAAGGACCCGUUAGGGAGCAAUAACCUGUACACCGAAGAGGAACUGGCGAUUGCAGAGACUGCGGAAUCAUACUGUCAAGAGCGAAUGCUGCCUAGGGUACUUGAGGCCUUUCGAAAUGAAGACUAUGACAAGAAGAUCCUUGAAGAGAUGGGAGAGCUAGGUCUACUCGGUGCAACAAUUCAAGGCUACGGCUGUGCAGGUGUAUCAUCUGUAGCUUCAGGAUUGAUCACGCGAGCUGUCGAGCGAGUGGACUCCGGAUACAGAUCAGGCAUGAGCGUGCAGUCGUCGCUGGCAAUGGGUGGCAUUGAAGAGUUCGGCACACAAGAGCAAAAGGACAAGUUCCUGCCAGGUAUGGCAAAGGGCAAGAUUCUGGGAUGCUUUGGCUUGACAGAACCCAACCACGGCUCUGACCCAGGAAGCAUGGAGAGUGUUGCGAAACCACACCCAAGCAAGAAGGGAUACUACAGCUUGUCGGGAUCGAAAACUUGGAUCACGAACUCACCCAUUGCCGAUGUCUUCCUCGUCUGGGCGAAGCUGCAAGAAACUGGAAAGAUUCGCGGAUUCCUCCUUGAACGAUCAGAAUGCCCACCCGGCACUCUCGAAACUCCCAAACUUGGACACAAGAACGGACUUCGAGCCUCCAUCACCGGCAUGAUCCAAAUGGACGAGGUACCAGUCGCAAAAGAGAUGAUGUUCCCUGAAGUCGAAGGUCUUCGAGGUCCAUUCUCUUGCCUCAACAGCGCUCGCUACGGUAUCGCUUGGGGUGUCAUGGGUGCUCUUGAAGACGCCAUUGCCAGAGCGCGAGAGUACUCCUUGGAGCGGAAGCAGUUCAAGGGGAACCCAAUCGCCAAAUACCAGCUCGUUCAGAAGAAGCUCGCGGACGCCACCACCGACGCAGCAUACGGAAUUCUCGCGGCAUACCAAGUUGGCAGAUUAAAGGACGAGGGCAAGGCAGCACCUGAGAUGAUCUCCAUGAUCAAGCGACAAAACUGUGACCGAGCUCUCAUCGGUGCAAGGAACCUGCAAGAGAUCUUUGGUGGCAACGCCGCAAGUGAUGAGUACCACAUUGGCCGACACGUAUCGAAUCUCUUCGUCACACAGACCUACGAAGGCCAGAGUGACAUUCAUUCUCUCAUCCUUGGACGAGCCAUCACCGGUAUCCAGUUCCACUGGCAAGCGACCAUCAUGGGACCCGGCGACUCUCCAUACUCCGGCGGUGUCUUCUUCCUCGCAAUCCACUUCCCAACAGACUACCCCUUCAAGCCGCCAAAGGUCAACUUCACCACCCGCAUCUACCACCCCAACAUCAACAGCAACGGCAGCAUCUGUCUGGACAUUCUGAGGGACCAGUGGAGCCCUGCUCUCACCAUCUCGAAAGUCCUCCUCUCCAUCUGCUCCAUGCUCACCGACCCCAACCCGGACGACCCGCUUGUGCCCGAGAUUGCACACGUCUACAAGACCGACCGCUCCCGAUACGAGGCCACCGCGCGAGAGUGGACCCGAAAGUACGCCAUCUAG